GUCGGUAUGGUUUAAACAAUAACAACGUUUAAUUUAACUAUUAACAGAAAUAUAAAUGUCUAGUAGUUUAGGCUCUUAAUAACUAAAUUUAGUUGUGAUAAGGAAAUAAGAAAGAUAUGAAAUAUGGGAAGAAUUAUCAUGAACCACUUGUUUCCACAUACCCAACUAAGGGACGAUGAUCUGCCGGAGACAUCAGUGGUGGCUUCAGCAGCAAUCAUAUUCUGUCUCUCCUGUCUUGUAAUAUCGUGCUUGUAUUGUUUAAAAGUGAGAACUGGAACACGGCGAAAGAGUGAAGACCAUAUUUCGGCUAGAGAUUUGAGAAUGGACACAACGAAAGAAGACAGCUCUCUUUUGAAAAAGAUUUCAUCUUGGUUUCAGCCUGCAGAACAAGAUUCAGUUGAAAGAAAAUAUUCGGGAACCUCUAGUCGUUAUGGAUCAACACAAUACGAUAAACCACCGAUGGGAAAUAUGAAGAUUAACUUCGUACAACCACAGGGAUGCGAUGAUGUUGGCGCUUCUAAUGCAGAACGACCAAAACUAACUUCGUCGUCGUAUGUUCCCGAAGGAUUCAAACUUCCAUUUGAACUUUCGUUUGAUACAGGAGAAGAACCUCAAGGAAAAUAUCUUGGAAAACUUGAAUUCAGUACAGUGUACCAAUUCAACGAGUCUACUCUUCUUGUUAAAGUUUUAAAGGCAGUCGAUUUACCGGCCAUGGAUUUGUCUGGAACCAGCGACCCGUUUGUGAAAUGUUGUUUGCUUCCUGAUCGAAAGCGAAAACUAGAAACUAAAAUUCGGCGGAAAACAUUACAUCCAGUUUGGAAUGAAACUAUGUCAUUCGAAGGUCUUCCCUAUGAAAAAAUAAAACAGAGAGUGUUACAUUUACAAGUGUUAGACUAUGAUCGCUUCAGUAGAAACGACCCAAUUGGAGAAACGUAUGUUCCCUUGCAUACAAUCAAUCUUGGAGAAGAAAUGAUUCAAUAUGUCAACCUUGCGCCUUGCAAGGGUUCGAACAAGCGCGGUGAACUUCUGUUAUCACUUUGUUACCAACCGUUAGAAGGUAUUCUUGAUGUGGAAAUUAUAAAAGGAAGAAACAUGAAACCUAUGGACCUUAAUGGAACUUCUGACCCUUACGUUAAAAUUUGGCUUAUUUACCGUGGUAAGAGAAUCGAGAAAAAGAAAACGGAAAUCCACAAAAAUAACUUAAACCCGGAGUUUCACGAAGAGUUCACGUUCAACGCACCAAUGGAUCGGUUAAGGGAAAUGCAGCUGGAAAUAACGGUGAUGGAUCAUGACACCAUUGGCCGAAAUGACACCAUCGGGAAGAUAUAUCUUGGCCAUAAGAGUGCUGGAUUGGAAAAGCAACAUUGGAAAGAUAUGUUAACAAAUGCUCGAAAACCUAGUUUGCAGUGGCAUGUGCUUAAAAUCUAAUUCCGUUCGAAUAAGGAUAACAAGAUUUCUAUGUGGGUUUAUACAGUAAAUAAUUUCAAGCAUUGCUACUAUUUCUUUACGGCGUCGACCAACUUGUAUAAGCACGACAUAAAAGCGAGCUAUACAGGGGAUGGCGACAUUUCAUACAACUUGCCCACAUAAGCAACCAAGUGUUUUGUGAAUAGUUGCAGUAAAUACUACAAUAUUGGCGACCCAAAAAAUCCAGCAAUUAGGUUGACACGGGAUUUUUGCUUUUAAGAAGCACUGCUAAAGAGAACGCAGACAUAUAUAGUAGGGUGGGAGAAGAUGGGACACAUUUAGCACAUAAUAUCCAGAUACCCUGAUUGUCUUUUAAACAAUUAACAAUGGUCUAUGGGGGUCGUUACAUGAUACGGUUUCAUAUUUUUUCGAAUAAUUUUUUUUACUACUAAAUGGGACGAGAAAAUAGAAUGAAAGGGUGCGCCAUCUUCCCCUAUACCUUGCAAUAUAUAAUUUUUGGUGUUGUAACUCUUUACGCUAACAAAUGUGUCGGAACAGUGUUAACACAAUAUAGCGCAUACCCCCUUUAUUUUCACUGUGAGUUAACCAAAAACUCCAGACAUGCAGUAUACCUUGUUUAAAUAGUUACGGCUUUAUUUUGACAGCAUUGUUUUAUCGUUAAACCCAUAUGUUUGCCAACAAAUUACUUUUAUUUGUUUAACUUUUUGCACUUUUCUAAACCUCUACUAUAUUAUUGUUACACCAUGCAGUUACUAUAAUGUUGAUGAUUCCUAAAGACAAUUUCUUGAUUGAAUUUAGCAUUUGUUGUCGCGCAACCAGUGAUUUGUCAUUGAGUAGAGAAAUAAUUAAAUGGUUGUUGUUAGUUAUGUUAAAAUAAAGGCAUUAAAAGCAGUAUAACACGAAAUGUAAAUAAAUUCUUGUACA